GGGCGCUUGCGAAGUACACGCAGAGUGAAGCGAUCGACGUCUUCACGUAUCAAGCGUACUCCUUCCCUUGUGCUUGUUUUUACUAUUCUUCUUCUUUUCUUUCCUUCUCACAUCCCUUUAGUAGCCCAUCACAUUAUCGUGCUGUCUUCUCCCUUUCAACCGCUACGGCCACGAUCCCCGCCCGCCAUGUUCGGUCGUCGCGUCUUCGCCAGCGCACCGCUGCCGCGGCACAUGUGGGCCAAACUGCACAUCCAAAACGCCGCCCAGGCGCGGCGGAUGCUGCCCUCACUGGCCCCGCUCGCCGCUCUCGAAGGGAGGCAGAACGUUUUUUGCUCCGGACUGGCCUUCAACUCUCUCGGACGCAGUAGUGCCGCUCUCGGGGGGGAGGAGGGUCUCGCCAGCCAGGAUGGGAAGCUGGUGUCGGCGGAGGUGGCGGCCGCCUGCACGGAGUGGUGCGCACAGGCCCUUCGCUCCGCCAUGAUGCCGAUGCAACACAUAGCGAGGGGAUCUUCGUGCUCGGCGUGCCCGCAGACGCUAAGAAAAAUACUACGGUGCGGAAACUGA